UUGUUACUCUGCACAUGCUGCAUUGCGCCAUCGCUUGAUUACAGCAGCACACCGAGGGAUGCUGCCUGAGUGAUCGAGAAGUCAUGCCGGAUUCCGAGUUCUGAAGCGAGUACAGUGAAUUCUGUUGCAGCUUCAAGGUCGAGCUCCCAAUCUACCUGAUAUGAGGGUGGGUGUACCACUCGCGAGCUAGACGACAGGACAAAAUCGGAUCUCAUGACCAGACACUUGACGCCGUUGCCAAAUAUCUGGAGCUGUGGGACAUUUUCUCUCUCUGCUGACUGACGAAGAUUGAGCUUGAUGGACGUUUCGCAUUAUCUUCGCAGGACCAAAGCUUCUCCACCGGGUCGUGUGGGAUCAUAGCUCGGAGAAAGAAAUCAUUAGAUUAUGGCGGCCACCGAGUCGCUUUCUCGUUGUCAACGGUAUGAUUAUGAUCAUCGCUGCGAUCGAGGCCUUAGCAGAUAGCUUCAGGAUUUUCAGAAUCACUUGCUGACGUGCUUUGACAGGCUCGGUUUAUUGGCGGAUUCGUAAGUGAUUUAUGAGAAAAUGAGUAAGUUCUGCUGCAGAUUUAUUGGUUAGAUUUUACUUGCAGUGCAUGAUACCGAUUUGCACAUGUAGAAAAUCGUUCGAGCACCGAGCACCGUGUGUGUGGGAGACUGGAUCUCUUACACUCCAAAAGCUUACCGGAUGCUCCCUAUUCCUUGUCGGAAGCCAGUGCAUGACUUCAGAUGCCGCCAUAGCAUUCACCAGCUUUUCGAGCGCCAGUUGUCAGCCACAAUCAGAGGGUUUUUCUGCACAGAGAGCUUUGGAGUGCCUGCCUUGCCUAUUCACGCUUACAAAUCGAGCCUGGCGCUAGCUCUAAUAGCUGAUUCCCAAGGAGGUGGUCUCGUUGAUCAUGAGUUCACCAAUGGAUCGCCUGUUGGCAAUAUGCAAGAGCUAAGUCUUCUGUUUCUGCUCGUGCCGUCGUAGCGAGUCUUCGUUCACGAAAUGGACGCAGCAGAGGACGCCACUUCUGAUUACGAGCACUUGGAGCACUUCGAGCUGUUCGAGGAGUUUUUCGAUGCAGCGAGUGGUCUGCCUAAGUUCGAUCUUACGUUCGUCCACCAUGGCCUUCAAGAUGUUGUUCUCCACAGUGAUUUCUCUCUCCAAAGGCCCUCGCUGCCUCUGGUGAUGGCAAAUUCGAAUUUCGUGAACGGGGUCGCUACGAAGGAUGUGACGCUCGAUGACGAGCACAACCUUCGAGUUAGACUUUUCAUUCCGGAAAUCGCUCGAUCCUGCAAGGCCAAGCUGCCAUUGUUCGUCUACUUCCACGGAGGAGGAUUCUCGUUCUUGAGUGUGGACUGUCAGCUGAUUCAUGACUUCUGUGAAGAUCUGUGCAAGGACUUGGAGGUUAUUGUUGCAUCCUGUGGGUACAGAAUGGCGCCAGAGCAUCCCCUGCCUGGCCAGUUCGAAGAUGCUCUCGCGUCGCUGGAGUGGCUUCUAUCUCACUCAAAACGUAGCACCAAGGACAAUGAUGCAGCUCUCGUCGACUCUGAGCUGGACUCUGCAGCAGCGCAAGCUCCUGAACUGGAGCGCACUGUCGACGAAGAAGAAGAAGAUGUCGAGUCCACAUCAGAAGCAUGGCUCACCUCGCACGCCGACUUCGACCGAGUAUUUCUGGUAGGAGACAGCGCAGGAGGCAACUUAGUGCACAAUAUUUUGACUAUUUUUUCUCCACACCCUUCCUAUCCGCUGCACUUCGCGGGGCUUAUUCUAAUUCAACCUGCAUUCGGAGGCAUGGGUCGGACUCCAGCCGAGAGCGGUGAACUUGACCGGCCUAGAACUUGCAUGAUAGAUUUCUUCUGGAAAGUAUGCCUCCCUCGAGGGGCCGACAGGAGCCACCCUUUCUGCCAUGUCGUGCCCACACUGCUUAGCCAAGGUCGGCAGUUCUCGCUUCCUGACACUCUCGUGGUUGUCGGAGGACGAGAUCUGCUGCGAGACUGGCAACUUGCGUACUAUGAAGCAGUCAAAAGGACUGAUACGAAUAUCAAGCUGGUGAAAUAUGACCAGGCAGAGCACGGAUUUUACACCGUUCGUGACCAUGAUCUGAGACCAAAACUCAUGGCCGAGGUAGCUGAGUUUGUGACAGAUAAGCGAGCACCACUGAGAGACAGACUCUCCCUGUCACCUCCUCAUGUGAUUGACGCCCCAUCGUGAUGAGUUCACAAGCCAACGACCUCUCCAGAGUAAAUGCAUGCGCAGCUCAUAUGAAGAACGCAAUACGAAGUUCAGAACCCGGUUUGCCACACCACAGUCGUCAUUCUGACCGACUGCUCGUGAGAAGCUGUUCGUGAACAGGCCAGACAGAAUUGAGAGUGCAGCUGCGUAGUUUCCAUCCCAUCGAGGCUUUUGACCAAAAGCAUGACAAACAACAGUUUAAUAGUCAAAGAUCGAAUCUGAAUUUUGGAAUCUGGGCUGG